GGCUACCACCAUUGAAAUCUUCCCAUUUUCUUCUGCUCUAAACAAACAACAAUAGCUUUGUCUUCAGGCAAAGCAAAAAUAGGAAAGAUGGUUCAGAGGAAGACUUGUCUAACAAUCGAGUCUUCUUCCAAUCUCCAGCCUGAAACUCGAUUCGGACAAGAACAUCUCAAGAACCUUGGACCGGAGAUGAUGAUGAUGAAGAGAACUAAACCAAGGAGGAAGCUUAAAGACAAUCAUGUUUCUUCUCAAUCAGGUAAGUCACAAGAACUACCAAAGCAUGAUCUUGUUGUUAAAGAGAUAGGUGGUUCACCUAAUUACAUGAAAGGCACCAGUAGUUCUGAGGCAAGAAAGGAGAACAAGAAAAGACUUAAUCUUUCAAGGAAUCAGAAGAACCAAGCUGGUCUAAAACAUGAUUCUCGUUAUGGAGUUAACAAGGAAAGAAGUUAUAACAAGCCGAGUUCUAGGAUCGGUAGAGGUUUGACAAAGGCUCCGAGUUUCAAGAGAUGUUCACAGAGAGCUACUUGUUCUUCAACUCUAAAAGAUUCCAAGUUUCCAGAGUAUUUGAUGCUUAACCAUGGCGAGACUUUUGAUCAAGUUAAUGGAACCUCUGUUUUGAAAGUCUGUCCUUACACGUAUUGUUCACUCAACGGUCAUCUUCACUCGGCGCAGUAUCCUCCUCUGAAAAGCUUUAUAUCUAUGAAGAGACAGAGUUUAAAGUCCCAAAAGAGUGUGAAAAUGGAAGCUUCUAAGGAAGAGUAUGUUAAGAUGGAUCUAGAGGAGAAGAAAGAUUUUGAGAAUGGAAAUGGAAGUGCUUCUGAGGUUGAUAUUGAUAGUCAAAUCUCGGAAACUGUUUCUGAAGGAGCACCUCAUUCUGAAACUGAUUCUGAUGAUUACUCUGAUAGUGCUGAGAUGGUGAGUUUAUCAGAAGGUGAUCAUGACAUUGAGUUAAAAGAAUCUGGUUUGGAGGAGACUUUGGUAGAUGACUCUGUGAAUGAGGUACAAGAGAAAGUAAACAGAGAUGGAGAUGCUGAUCUUUUGAAAGAAUCUGAUUUGGAGGAGACUUUGGUAGAGGACUCAAUGAAUGAGAUUCAAGAUGAAGGAAACAGAGAUGGAGAUUCUGAUCACUCUGGUUGCUUUGAUUCUGAAGUUAUCGGUAUAAUCAAGAACUCAGAAGAAGAUAAUGCAAUUGAAGAGACUUUGGUAGAUGACUCUGUGAAAGAUCUCGAAGAGACAGCAAACAUAGAUGGGGAUGCUAAUCUAUUUGGUUGCUUUAAUUCAGAAGUUAUCGAUAUGACAAAGAACUCAGCUGCAAGUGAUGCUAUUGAGGAUAAAGAUGCUGCUGGUGAAGAGACACUAAAGGAUAAAGCUGAAGAAUGCAAAGAGGAGUUUCAAGACCAGACUGAAGUUAUUUUGAUGAUAGAAGAAAACGAAAAGGUUCCAUUUAACCGUACACGAAAACCCUGCAACCAAGAAGAGCCAGACUCUGCCAUUUCAUGGACUAUCAUCAAAUGCAAGAAACCCGUUGCAGAGACCGAGGAUUUAAGAGCAUUCAACCCAAGAGAACCCAAUUACCUUCCAAUUGUAAUGGAGGAGGAUGCUGAGAAGGUGGACCUCAAGCAUCAAGACAUAGAUGAGAGGAGAAACUCAGAGGAUUGGAUGUUUGAUUAUGCUCUGCAGCGUGCUGUUAGCAAACUUGCCCCAGCAAGGAAGAGGAAAGUUGCAUUACUCGUCGAGGCAUUUGAAACCGUGCAACCACAUGGUAGAGAACCUGCAGAGGUUUUAAGUUAUGGAAGACACCUUCAAGCCUGCAAUUAAGGAAGGUCCAGGGAUGAUCCAAGGAAGGCAACUGAAGGAAGAUGAAUGACUUUUAUUUAUUUAUUUACUUACAAGAACCAAACCCAAGUGUAAACUUUGAUGGUUUAUUUUCUAGCUCUUUGUGUGGUAGUUAUGCUCCCUCAAUGUAUGAGGACUUGUGUAAGUGCUUGCUUGAGGACUAAUUUCUGGGACAAUCAUGUGUUUGUCUAGUUCCAUAUAGCUAUUUAAAAUUGUGAAACAAUCAAAUGCUGUUGUCAUC